UGGCGCCCGAGUGCGUGCGACCGAUGCGCCAUGUAAUCGGCCGCUGCUGAGCCCAGUCGCCAUAUCUCCAAUGCUUGCACCCAGCAGAGCGAGGGCCUUUGCGCCCUCGUCCGUCGUGUCAUUACCCUCCUUCCUUGUCCCAGCCUUCCAGAACUGCGCGCCUGCACCAGCUGCGCGCCGCCAGUUUUCCGCGUCCACCUCGAGGCCCUCCAAGCUGGGCCGCACCCCGAUCUCGAUCCCGCCCGGCGUCGAGCUCACCAUCGGCGAGCCCUACAUCCUGAAGGACUUCACCACAUACAAGCAGACCCCUAGGAGGACCGUCACCGUCACAGGACCUCUGGGGAAGCUCGACCUCAACGUGCCCCCGUUCCUCAAGCUCGACCAUGACACAGAGGCUAGGAGGUUGACCCUCACCAUUGAGGACAACGACCAGAAGAAGCAGAAGGAGAUGUGGGGCACCACAUGGGCAUACAUCCAGCGCUACAUCAUCGGCGUGUCAGAAGGGCACACGGCCGUCCUGCGGCUCGUCGGUAUCGGCUACCGAGCGACCGUCGACAAGCGGCCCAACCUGGAGCAGUACCCGGACCAGGACUUUGUGUGCCUGCGGCUUGGCUUCUCGCACCCCAUCGACCUGGGCGUCCCCGAGGGCGUCAAGGCGUCCACGCCCCAGCCCACCCGUAUCCUGCUCGAGGGCAUCAACAGGGAGAAGGUCAUGCAAUUCGCGGCUGAGAUCCGCAGGUGGAGAGUGCCGGAGCCUUACAAGGGGAAGGGUAUAUUCGUCAACAACGAGACGAUCAAGCUGAAGCAGAAGAAGAUCAAGUGAGCGGCAGGUUCAGCAUUGAAAGGGAGGCCACAGACGGGGAGGCCAGGACUGGUGGUCGCGGUCGCUCUGGUGCCAUAUCAUACGGCCUGUGCCGUUAUCCGCGCUGCUGCUAUGGCUUCCUUCUGGAUCUACAGAUCAUUCAUAGCAAGGAAAAUACGAAACAUACACUGGAAACUUGUGUGUGUGUGUGUGUGUGUGUGUGUGUGUGUGUGGAUAAGUUCUGGCAGUGGUCUCGGAAAAUGAGGCAGCACCACAUCGGGAUAUCAACUCCACCGAGUUUUGACGUCUGCUGAAGCUACUCGCUCCUGACUAGCAUGAUCUUGCUCGCUGAAUCCUCCCCGACUAGCGGGCUGGUGUUGAAUUGCGAGCCCGGCCGCACUUGGUGCACAACUCAGAAGCACACAGUCCUUAGCAUUCAAAGAUAUGCUCCUCACACCGCUUCCGGUGACAUACCUAGGUAUUCAUGUAUGACAUUAAGCCCAUAUUAAGUAGUCUAGAUUGUUCUGAUCAAUGUCUUGAGCAAGGGCCUUACAAAGACGGCCGCUCGA